GAGGGGGAGAGCGAAGAGAUGAGGGGAUGCAGCCAGACGGAUGCAAUGGAGAGAAUGAAGGGAGUGGAGAGCGGGACCUUGUUCACCGAGCACUGAGGAGGGAGCUUUGACCACGUGACAAAGCUGCCGUCAGGAUGUCUGGCGAAGAGAACGAACAAGUGAGAUGUUUUCUCUUGGUGUUUGUGGGAAGACGAUAAGUAGCAAACAAAUGUAAAACCGUGCCAGAGAGCGAUGGCCCAGAGAAGAGGAGGAAACUGAUGAGGAAUGGAGACACCCCCCACCCCCAUCUUCCUUUAGGUUUUGGUCAGAGUGCAGAAGGUCGAGAAAGAGCCAGCUAGGUGAAAACAGAAGCCUCGGAGGGAGAGGAACUCAAAGUCUCCGGGUCCUGAGAGAGUGGCUUCUGAUGCUCUGGAACAGCAGAGGGUCUGCUUUGGCAGAAGCAGUGUUUAUGAAGGGAGCACACACUGGUGGCUUUCCCACUGUACUUAGUGUGUGCACACGUACACACACAUACUCACGCAGGGCGGUCAGAGGACAACUCUGUAGGAGUUGGUUCUCUCCCUUCACCCUGUGGGUCUUGACUAUUAAACUCAAUUUGUCACCUUUGAUGGCCUGCUGAGCCACCUUGCCUGUCCUCGAACGUUUUUUGAAAGGGGAGAGCAUGGUAGGGUUUAGAUUUUAAAAUAUUAUUGGUAGUUGUAAAGACUACUUUUGCAAAAGAUGAGGACAGAAACGAAGGAGCUCCUAGGAGGGUCCUUCAGUUCCAGAGGCAGGAUGAUGGUGGAUCGGGCCUCUUAAAAACAAAGGUGAAGGGGGCAGACCCUGAACAUGCGCUCAAAGUGUAGGCUGUAGCUCCUGCUGGUGAUGCAGAUACAGCGAAGGAACCGGAAAUCAAACAGUUUUAGCUUGAAUGACAAGGAGCUGUCAUUGUCCUGGGCUGAAGAGCACCGGACAGAAGAGGGUUGGGGGCGGGGUAGUUGAAGCCGUCUGUUUGAGUCACAUUAGGUUCGCCUGGUUAUUAGACGUCGGAGUGGAUAUGUCAAGUGGGCGUUGGACAAAUGAGUCUGGCGCUCAUUUGUGAAUUUAGGACUCACUGACAUUUACAGAGUGUUUAAGCCCUGGGACUGGAUGAGAUCACUGGACAAAGAACGUGGAAAGAAAAGAAGGCCAAGGACUAAGCCCUUGGAGGCUCCAAUGUGUGGAGGUCAGAGCUGAGGAAGACUAGUACAGAACAGCCAGGGAGGUUGGAGGGAAAGCGGGGAAGAGUGUUUUCCUGGAAGUUUGGGGUGCAGGUUUGAAGGCAAUGCAGGGAGAAGGGUAAGGUCAGAGGAACUUCCUUUAUCACAUCUAUUUAGUGUAUGUGUCACACUUGUUCAGGGGUCUGUUGACAACGUGAAUGCAACAGUUCUGUCCUUCCACCAUGUGGGUUCUGAGGAUAGAACCCAGGUAGUCAGGUCAAGGGAGUUUUACGAGAUUAGGAAAGGGUCCUCAGAAGUCUGAAUCUAAGUGAGAUUGGUGUGGACCAGUUGUGACCAGCCAGGGAAGCUUCUAGAGGGAAUAGCGGGGUGCAGAGCCCUGAAGGCAGGCUUCUAGUGCUUCCUUCUAGGAACAUUCGCCAGCUGCAUUUGAGGCUGAGUCGCAGAAAUCCUUAGGAAAGAAAAUUGGAGGUACCCAGAGGCUGGGAUCUACGUGGCCUCCUUGUAAGCCAUAGUACGUGUUGGGUAUUCUGUUUCUUGGAAAAGCUAAGUGCGGUAAAUGGGUCUUGAACCAUUUAAAGACUGUUUGGGCUGCCUCAGAGAGAACAAGCAGGAUCAGAGUGAAAUGGGGGAUUGAUCUGUUGGGGGCAUUCUAAUUUGUGUAUGCACUCUUCUCUCCCACCCCUCCUUGGUUUUCUUACCCAUGGCCUUGAACUCCCUUUCCACCCUGGCCAGAGUUAGGGACUCAAAAGUAUGGGUGACUCAGAAUUUCAGAACUGCUUGGGAGGUCAGAAAUCAUGGGAUCUAUGAAGCUACGCUUAGGUAGAGGGGAAGCUUGCCCCAUCACAACCUGAGGAAUUGGAGGUUGCGCUCUCCCCCACCCCACCCCCAACCCCUGCUCCUCUUCCCAACCUUGCACCUGGGACAAAAGCUGAGCUCGCAGAGUGGCAAAUGGAGGGUUAAGUCGUGCGUGGCCUACAGACGUGAGAAGGAGAGGCGGAGACCAAAUGGUUCUAGUCGCCCGCCGAACCCAGCCGAGCCUAGCCGAGCCCAGCCGAAGCGAGCAUCUCCCGCCGCCGCCGCCACCGCCGCCGCCGCCCCGCGCCCCGGGCGCCCGCCCCCCUCCAGCUCCAGCUCCUCGCUGCCAGCCAAACCUCCCGACCAUGCCCGGCGCCCCACCCGCUUCUGCGACCCCCCAGCCCCACGCAGCUCCGAGCGCCUGCAGUCGUCUCGCCGCCACACCAGGCAUGCAGUAAAGGCCAAAAAUCUGGGUCACAGCUGAGGAAGACCUCAGAUCCAGAGUACAGAAUGUGGCCUGCUCAACUGCUGUCCCAACUCCUCCCUCUCUGGCCACUGCUGUUGCUACCCCUAUCACUGCCUGCUCAGGGCUCCUCCCAUCGAUCCCCCCCAGCCCCAGCCCGUCCCCCCUGCGUCCGGGGUGGGCCCUCAGCCCCUCGCCACGUGUGUGUUUGGGAGCGGGCGCCUCCACCAAGCCGAUCCCCACGGGUCCCAAGAUCACGUCGGCAAGUUCUGCCAGGCACUGCACCCCCUGCUACUCCAUCAGGCUUUGAGGAGGGGCCUCCCUCCUCUCAGUACCCUUGGGCCAUAGUGUGGGGUCCCACAGUAUCUCGGGAGGAUGGAGGGGACCCCAACUCUGUCAAUCCUGGAUUUCUGCCCCUGGACUAUGGUUUUGCAGCCCCACAUGGGCUGGCUACUCCGCACCCCAACUCAGACUCCAUGCGGGAUGAUGGAGACGGGCUCAUCCUUGGGGAAACACCUGCCACCUUGAGGCCCUUCCUGUUUGGAGGGCGCGGAGAAGGUGUGGACCCUCAGCUUUACGUGACAAUUACCAUAUCCAUCAUCAUUGUUCUUGUGGCGACUGGCAUCAUCUUCAAGUUCUGCUGGGACCGUAGCCAGAAGCGGCGCAGGCCCUCAGGGCAGCAAGGUGCCCUGAGGCAGGAAGAGAGCCAGCAACCACUGACAGACCUGUCUCCUGCUGGAGUCACUGUGCUGGGGGCUUUUGGGGACUCACCUACCCCCACCCCUGAUCAUGAGGAACCCCGAGGGGGACCCCGGCCUGGGAUGCCCCAGCCUAAGGGGGCUCCAGCCUUCCAGUUGAACCGGAUUCCCCUGGUGAAUCUGUGAUGCCCCCCAUGUUGGGGUGCUGCCAAGCAGGAGGCCAAGUGGCCAGCAUAGCCACCAUCCACUGAGGGUGGGGCAACCAUGGGGAAUUGGGGCCAUGGUGGGGGGCUCCUAGCUCCUGUCCUUGCACACAACCUGGGACACUCAGUAAUCCCAUGGGCAAGCCCAAGCGUUUGUCCCCCAGUGACUGGGGUCUCCCAUUCCCACCCUUGCACAUUCACAUGAAAGCCUUGAUCACUCACCCACACCCUCACAGGCCAUAGCACAGUCACGCUCUCCAUGCUGCUCCUCUGCUGUGUCCCCAUUCACGUCUGCUCACCUGGCUCCGCGCUCUCUCCCGUGUUGCCUACGUUCUGCCCCUUUACAUUCUCUGUGCCCAUCUCAGACUGGGCAUGGGCAUUUCUGGCCCCAAUAUAUGACAUAGUGUGCCCACUCUGCCUCAUCAAUACUCACUGGUCUAGCUUCUGUGGCCCUUGCAUGCUGCCCUAGAGGUGGGUGGGAGGUGAGCCAGGGGCUCCUUAUACCAUGUGUCAUGGCCCAUUCAUGUCUUAUGUCUCACCAUCCUUCCAUCCCAUUCCAAGGAUGCUGGCAUUUCCGAGGGCUCCCCCACAGGAAUUGGGGUAGUGAGGCCCAAUUACUAAACUCUGUCACCUGAAAUAUGGAUUUGGGGGAGUCACCUGCUGCACUACAUGAGAUGGGGCUCCCAUGUUCUCCCUUCCCUCCCAAGUCCCUUGUCUUGUCUGCCCUGGCUGUCUGUGUGUAUGUGUCUGUAUGGAAUUCGGAGCCCCCUCCAUAGGUCCUCCACCUCCCACCCUCCCCUAAGGCCUCCCUAAAUGUACCUAGGCUGCCAGGAACUGAAGCCAGCUGGUUCAAGGCCAUUGGGAGCUCUGCCUCCGUAUCCACCUUCUCUUCCUGGGUCCCGUCACAUCCCCUCAUGUCCCCUCCUUCCCUCUCCCUUUUCCUUUCUUCAGGUUCUCCCCUCUUUCUUGUUCAUCUCUCCAGCCCUUCUCCCUCUUACCUGGCUCCUAUGCUGUGAUAUAUAUUUUUGUAUUAUCUCUUUCUUCUUGUGGUGAUAAUCUUGUGGGAUGUAAGUUUCAAAAUUUUCAAAUAAAGCCUUUGCAAGAUAA